GCCCGCAGCAGUGUUUAUUGCUCCGUGACCCGCGUUCGGCGCCCGGGUGCCGGGGAGCAGGAAUCGCUCCCUGGCCUCUCCCCGCUGUCCGGGCGGACGCAUGGCACCGGCACCGGGUGCAGCAGCGCCCGCCGCCCGUCGGGAGGGCCCUGCAGGGCGGGGAGGCCCGGCCGUAGCAACCGGGCGGUCUCCAGCCCAACGGCGGGGCGGCGGCGCCGCCGCUUCCAAGCGGGUGGCUGCUGGAGGCAGGCAUUGAGCUGACGGUUUUCCUGGCUGCCAUCAGCUUGCUUGCCUUUUCCCAGACUUGAGGUUUUUAAGAAAAGGAGCUGUCAAUCAAGAGAUACAUCAUGACUGGCAAUCCAUUUAAGAGACUUGCCUGGAGUCACUAUGCCUUUGAUUCAAAGCACAGAAACAAUCAUAAGAACUCAAACUUCCACAUGGACCACAAAAAGAAAUCAAAAGAGAAGGAAAAGAGUCUGACAGUCAGUCAGUGGGACAUGGAUGUACAACCCCUCAUUUCAUCUUCUAAAUGGCUUCAGCUUCAUGGGCUCAAGAGAAAGAAAUUGUCCCUGUCCCAGAUUUUGUCCCAGAUUGGAUUUCAGCACAGGAAAGAUUAUGUGACCACUUUGGGGAAACUUGUGGCUUCUCGGUAUGCAGACGGUCUGUUUCCUCAGUACAUGAGAGCACAAGAUGGCAGCGUGUAUAAUCUGACAGCCAAAAAAGAACUGAUUCUUCAUUUUGUGGAUUGUCUAAUGGGAGCUAUUGAGCUCUAUCGGCAGCGAAUGGAAUGGUUAACCAGUGAAAGCCGGCUGAUAUUUGGAGUGAUUCAAGAACGGUGCAUUGUCGUUGUUUUGGAUUUUGGCACUGCAGCCCCAGCUGAAUUUGAUGUAUGCCGUGAUGCACUUUCCAUGGUUCUUGUGGAACAGGUGACCCAAAUUGCCAAAUUUAACCUCAUUCGGGCUGCUCAGGAUCUUAUGAAGUGGCAACAGAAAUGUGCUCCUGUGUCUGAACAUACUGUAAAGUCUGCUGUUAAGUGGCUCUGGAAACUGGACCAUAUGACAGCUGUCAGCCAUAGCAGCUCUGCUGAAGCCCUGCUGGAAGCCAUGAGUGAGACAGUUGAAGCUGUUUAUUACUUUGCUGUGGGUGAUGUUCCAGCUGAAACAAAGCAGCUGCUCCUUAAGAAGGUUUCUGAUGGCCCCUGUCCAGUCAACACCGUAUCUUUCAAUGCCAGGGAAGAUGAAACUAUUAUUUUUCUGAAGGAGUUGAGCCACUUGGCCUCUGGCAGAUUCCAUGCUUUCGUUCAGAAGAAUUACUGUAGAGAUGCUACUGGACCUGCACUGAAAUGUGAAGAAGAUGACAAAGAUCUAAUUGCCCCGAAUUCCAGAAAGGUGAAAGGGCGAACGCCACUAGUAGCUGGUGUUCGUGAAGAUGUCUUUUUGAUCUGGAAGGAGUUGGAGGAAGCCAUGAAUACACUGAGACAAGUCCAGAAAAUUUUAUCAGAAUCUGACCAGCCUGCUUCUGGAGAUGAUGAUCAUCCAAUACAAAAGCAUAAAUCUGAUGAAUAUUUGACUUCUGAGGAGUGGUUGCAGAGGUAUGGCUUGAAAGCUCAGAAGCUCACACUGUAUGAUGCACUUGCUGACUGUACUUUUCGCCAUGCGGAUGGGAUUGUUGACAUCAAAACUAAACCAGAGGAUGAAUCUUCACAAACUGAUGCAGAGACAAAGAGGAAAGUAAUUCAUGCAAAAUACUGUGACAAGUUUGUACAUACCUUCUGGAAAGAUGGAUCUGUAGUUCAUGUGUAUGUUACUACAGAAAAGUAUAAGCGGUAUGAAGAGAAAAUGAGGUCUGCUCUCAGACAAGUAGAAGGAAGAAUUAAGUGGCUUCAACAAGGAAGCAGAGGGCUCUUUGGGAAUGUGUUUGAAGAUGAUGUCUAUAUUCUUAUUGAUACAUCCCAGUCUAUGAAGGACAAGCUGCCACUGGUGAAGGAGAAAAUAUUUCAGCUCAUACAGGAACAAUUGAGACACAAAAAGAGGUUUAAUUUUGUGAAAUUUAGUGCCCAAGCAGUGGCAUGGCAAGAGAAACUUUCUGAAGUUAAUGAGGAGAAUUUGCAAGAUGCUUGGCUUUGGAUAAAAGGACUAGAGGUUGGAAGUUCCACAAAUACACUCAGAGCUCUCCAGAUUGCUCUUGCUGAUGCUGACACACAGGCUAUUUAUCUCUUGACUGACGGGAGGCCUGACCAGCCCCCUCAAAUAAUUUUGGCUCAAGUACUGCUUCAUUGUAAAAUUCCCAUUCAUACUGUAUCCUUCAACUGUGAUGAUACAGAAGCUAACAAAUUUUUGAAUGAACUAUCUACUGAGACAGGAGGACGUUUUCAUUAUUACAAUAUUUAUUCGACUGACCCUGACGGUGCCAAGUCCAUUAUUAGUAAAGACAUACAUCUUUUAAAACGAGAGAUUGAACAGGGAGAAAAAGACCUAGAGAAAGUGAAGACAUUUCAUGCUGAAUGUCUGAUGAUGGAUUGUUAUAAAGAAGAAAAUGAUUCAGAGAACAGUAAUCAGAAGCAGACACAUACUGUGUCUUCUGUAAAUGAACAUGUUGAAGAGUUCAACACUACCCUUAACAGUAGGCCAUGCUGUGCUUCACAAGAGCCAGCACUGAGUCCACUUCGACGUAUGGUAAAUGCCUGGCAAACCACUGGUGACAGUCCAGCCCGAAGGAAGAAAGCAUUAUUUGCAGAGCAAACAAAAACAAGUCUGCUGCGAAUCCUGAACCAUAGUGUGAAAUCAAGGGAAGAAAGCCCAGAGGAAAGAAUAUCUCCUGAAAAAAAGAGUUUUUCUCUCAGAAAGAGUGUGAAAUGCACAACUGUUUUCAAAGAUCUGAAAAUGCAGAGAACUGUGGAAAGGACAUCUACAAGUUCUCUAGAUACCUCUUCAGCUUUUUGGUUAAAGACUCAUGGCCUCGUUGCUAGGCGACUCACCAUCAUGGAUGCCUUAGCUCCUACAGCUGUCCCUCAUGGUACUAAAUACAUCCCAGUUCUGGACAAGCAUGUAGUUUCUAAAGUAUUUGAUGAGAUUUUACCAUUGGCCCAUUUUAGCAACAAGAAGGGGAUCACACUCAUUAAUCCUCAGGCAGUGAAUCUUGAUGCCUAUAAAGAGAAGCUGGAAAAAGCAAUUAAAUCCUAUGAAAGGCGCCUAAAUCUAGUUAUCUGGAGAGCGCUAUCUCAAGAGGAAAGAGACAAAUUUAAAGAAGAUGGCCCAGUUCAAUAUAUGGACCAUAAGGAAGCUUUGUUGGAGGCUUUAGAGAACUUGGGAUGGCCAAUUUCCUAUGAAGAUGUAAUAUUGUUAGAAGAUGAGAUACUGGCAGCAUUAACAUAUAUUCAGCAGGCCUCUGAUCUCCAGGAAGCUGUCAAAAAGGAAAUUGAGAAGAACUCAGAAUUACACAGCAAAAAUAAAAAGAGACUUGAAGAGGAAACUGUGAAGACAAAGUCUAAGAAAACACUAAAAGACAAAGUCACUCUCAAAAGCCAAAAGGUGAUUGCAAGAUCAGACGUCACAGGAUUUUAUUAUCCAGGAACUAUGACAAAGAAUAUCAGUUCUACCUGCACACUUGUUGACUUAAGCCAUGGGGAGACUUGGAUUGUACCUCUGAAGUUCAUUAUACCUGUGGGAGGUGGUAUGCCAUACACAUAUCUGCAGGUCGGAGACUAUGUAUUUGCCAGAACUGGGACACAGACAGGAAACUAUUAUUAUGUGCCUGCCAUUGUCAUAGCAACACCAAAGAGUGUGAAUGUGGGUGCUAAACGCUACACAGUUCUGAUGUUUGACAACAGGAAAGAACACUGUGUAAGAAGUGGGCUUAUUAAAAUCAGCCAAACGAAGUAUGCCUUUUCCUGUCAGUACAUAAGAAUGAUGCAGAAGGUGGAUUAUACAAUCCCAGAUAAAGACACCCUGAAGCCAUAUCUACACUCAUCUUUGGAAGAUGAAGGAGGAGAUGAAGCAAGCAGAAGUGUUGUGAAAGAAGAUAGAGGAACACAGAAAAAGAAGAGGAGAGCAGAGGACAAAGGACAUGCCAGGGGGAGGAUGUUGGACUCAGAUGAUCUUUUGAUUGUCUCCAGGAGGGAAAUAAAACAAAGAGAAAGAAAUUCACUGCCUAGCAAUGAAGAAGAAUUUAAAGCACCUUCUUCCUCCAUUUCAUCAUCCUGGUGUUCAUCAAGGUGUCAAGCUCUGCUGUCGCCAAGUGCUUCAACUCCCAGCUCACCAGAGCAUCCCUGGUGCUUGCACCGUCCUGCUGUAGAAAGUCUCCAGAGCAUGGUAAAAGCAGCACCAUCAGAAUUAUUGCUGCCGACCCAGAGCAGCAAGGAUUGGCAGGACAGCCUCAGCAUCUCUGCAUAGAGCAAAGGAAGCUACAAUAAUAAUAUGAUAGCACCUACAGCUGUGAGAUGUUACUUCUUGAAUCAGAAAUAAACUGACUAGCCAAUGCUAAAA